AUGGAUCCCAAAGCAGUUGCGGAAGAGCAAAUGAGGGUUAGGAGAAAAAUAGAAGAAGUACAUGCAUUUGGUCAGUCGCAGCAGCUCUCUCCUAUUCAAGAACAUAUAAGCUUCACCCUUCUGGUAUACAUGCCCCUUUUGGAUAAUGAUGAACUGCAGCAAUCUUAUUACAAAUGUGCAAACGAGUGCUUUGAGAAAAAAAGAAAACAAGAGGUUACAACUAAGUGCGUUGAGCUCUGCCGUGCUCCCGUUGUCAAGUCUCAACAACAAUUAGAUAGCGACAUGGCCAAGUUUCAGGAUAGGAUUAACAGAUCUCUCAUGGUAUGUCAAGACAAAUUUGAGGCUUCAAAGCUACAGAAUUUGAGGGUUGAUGCCGCCAAAGAUAUGGAGGGUUGCGUUAACGAUGCCGCUGCAGAAUUAUUUGGCGGCUAAGCAAGAA